AUGAAUGAAAGUUAUUAUUGUAAUAGCGGGCAGUCGGGGUUAAUGACCGGCCUAGAGAAUGUCACAUCGCCUCCGAUGAGGUCACGGAGUACGGGCGUAGUGCAUGAGUCACCGUCUAUGCUGGGAGAUGCACCGGCGGUGUUAACUGAGCCAUCUAUCCCUGUCGCACCUAUGCACUAUCCAAAUAGAGUGCGUAGCGAGAGUGUCCGGAGCGAAAAUGAUAUUAUAAGACAGGGCACUGUGAACAAUGAAGCGCUCGCGCAUCGAGUAACCGAUGAGGUGACGUCACGGCGCAGUGUUAUACCGGCGGCGGCGGUUGAUUUGAAUGAAGGUGGUUUGCAGAAUGAUAGUGAAGGGGAGUGGGUUCGUGUAGUGAGGCGUCGAGGAACACGUACAUCGCGUUUCAAAGGUGAGAGAGGUACAGCGAUGACAGACUCGACUUCGAGAUCGAAAGCAGCGGACACACAAAUCCCGUUGUAUAUAUAUAAUGUCUCAAAAGAAAAUACUGAACAUGAUGUAGCGGAAUAUAUACAACAAAAGACUCAGAUAAGAAUAGUGCCAGAAAAGAUAAAUAUGAAAUCUUCUAGGGACUAUAGUUCAUUUAAGUUUUUGAUACCUAGGAGCAAACUGUCGUUAUUUAGUAAUAAAGAAUUAUGGCCGGAGGGCAUAUUUUUUAGGCGUUAUAUAUUUUUUAGGCAUGCAAGAAAGGCUAAUGUAAAUCGAGAUAAGGACCGAAAUAUUAAUGGACCAACACAAAACUAA